GCAUCGCUACACUGCAUAAAUUUCACAAGAAAUGAAGCAGUUUGCUCGUGGAAACUAAAUUAAAGUGAAUAAUGACUGACUGUGCACUUCUGAACAUUGAUGCAUCGAGCAGCAAGUGUUAAGCAGUUACUGUGGUUUGUUUGGUGCGUUGUUGUUCGUUUUCGCGUUGUUUUACAUAAUGGUGUACAGUGCUUGUGAUGUGCUAAUCAAAUGCUUCUCUCAAGUUAUUGAUAUUGCUAAAACGUAGCAAUUAUCACUAUCGUACAGAUGAAACACAAAAUGAAAAGAUAGUAAACUGUAAACGACGAGGUAACACUCACACCAGCGCGUUCGGGAGUGAAAAAAUUGAUUUCCCUUCGGUGGGAUGACGUUCAGUGCGCUGCGGGUACGACAGAAGUCAGAUAGCUCGGGUAUCUGGUUUAACUGUUACGGGAGGUUCUGGAUGGUUCGUUGUCGAAAAUUGUGUAUAGUGCAGAUAUCCGCCGUGUAAACAUUGUUUCUUUGAGUGUUGCAACUGAAUCGUGAAUCCAUAUCAAUAAAUUGUGUAUUAUGGUAGCCUGCGGAAGCUCCUGUUUCCCGUACACCGCAGGCGCUGGUUCCUAUAGGUCGUAAGUGCCCGUGCUUUGGUACACUUUCAUGGCGCGGACUCAUAACUUGCGGCACAUCAUACGCUGUUGCAAGUCAAUCUUUUGCGUACUGUUAACAAUAUCGUGUUAGUAUUAUAGCGUCAAUUUGAGAGCAUUAUUUUGUCGCGUGAAGGAUUUGUCCCUAUUUGUGGCUGUUAUUUCCAAACGGCACCGUUUACAACAAAAAGAGGGCAGCCAUUGUCGAUCAUCCGAGACAUCACGUUAAAAGGGAAUCCAAGUUGCUUCGUUAGUCAAAGGCCGCGCUGUACGGUGCAUUGUGGACGAGAAAUAUAAUAAUCAUCACCAGCCGCAUCAGCAGUAGCUCCUCCAUAUUGGCGCACAACCCCCUUUCGGGCUACCCGGUCCGAAGGUGCGUCCCAGAUUCUGUUUCGACGAAGAAAUACGGUAGAAAAAAAGGAAAAGCAAAAUGGCUCUCUCGUCGAAUAUUUACGAGCAGAAGCUAUAUCACAUGUUCCAAUCCCACGGUAACGGCGAUGGAUCCAACAGUCUUGAUCGCGAAGCCCUAGUGAAGCUUUGUCGCACACUUGAGCUGAAGGAACGGGGCCAUCUGCUGGUGAAGUGCCUUCUGACCGACGCAAAGACGCGAGUCAGCUUCCGCGAGUUUCGCGAAGGUCUUUUACACAUUCUCGGAGGCAACGAAGAUUCGUUGGGCGGAGAGAACCUCCAAAAAUCAACAUCAGUUUCUACAAACGCUACCGAGGGAUAUGGAGAACCUUAUAAUGAUACGGACCAUCAGCUUCAGCAGCAGCAGCAGCACCAGCAAGAACAGCAGUCUGCAAUAAGUUGUCCGUCUGUUGGUUCUACUUGUUCCUCGGACCAAACUUCCCACACUGUAACAAGCGGCAGCAGCAGCAGUAAGGUGCUAAGUAGUACAUCCGGACAUCUUUCCACUUCAACUGCAUUCCUACCGGAUGAUGAAAGUUCUGGUGAUGCAGAGGAAAAGCUACAUCACCAUAGAGAUAGCAAUGCUCCUUUGAUCACUCAAAAGUCCAGGCAAAAGUAUCCCUCCAAGCAGCAGCAACUACUCACAGCAGGCGACAAAGAAGGAGACAAUGGUGUAUCGGUGGAUGAGAACAAAUUCGCGAAUGGACAACAAAACACUAGCGUCCUGUACACGACAGUACAAUCGAAAACACUGCUACCGAGCGGUGCUGACGAUGGUGAUGAAUCAUCGGACCGUGAAGUUUCGCCAAAGUUUGUCGUCGGCACGAAGAAAUACGGCCGUAGGUCAAGGCCUCGAGAGGAUGUGAAUGGAUUCGACAGGUUGUCGCAGUCGUCUAAUUCGGACAACGAAUCAGUUGCUGCGCUAAACACUAGCACCAACACCGAUGCCGCAUCAGUCAAUAUCCUUUCGAGCGCGGACGGGGGCGGUGGAACGAAAGUGCAACGAUCGGCCUCUCAGAGUGAUAUCCAUGGCUCGAAACGGCGGCGCCCGCAUGUGGGACCGGGUGCAAUUCGUCUUAAGCGAUGUGCGUCCCUCCCGACACAUCGUCAACGACCAGGAACGACGACGACUGCGGCGAGCAAGGUACACCCGGCUCAGCUGCAAAUGGAUGACGAACGGAUCGAUCAGAAGAUCUAUUUUAUGAAUCUUUCGGAGAACUUGCGCGACAUCUGGGACUCACUGCUGGUCGACUGCGAUCCUGGUCGGCGCCACGGGGAUCUUCUGAACCAGUCUCAACUGCAACAGGUGUGCGAGCGAGUAGGAUUGCAGAAAACUCCUGCCCGUCUGGCGGCGCAAGAAGUUUUCUCCAAGUUGUCGCUCCAACCUAUCGAAGGAAUCAGCUUCACGGAAUUUAUCGCGUUGCUUGAAAGCAAUACGGAUCUUCUACCGAUGGGACAUGAAAACCGCGAGCUGCAGCUCGGUGAUUGCGACGACAGUGGAACGCUCCUUUCAUCCGCAUCCGUUGGACCGGCACACGAUAAAAGUUUCACGCUCGCCAUGCCAGAUUGGACGUCAGACAUUGGGUCUCUGGCGGCAUCGAUCAUCAUCGACAUGUGGGAAGCGGCAGGUAUUGUUGCUCCGGCAAUUUUGUUAAACGAACUAGGCUUCGAUGGGGACGUAAUUCAAGUGUCGGACCUAGUGCUGGCUCUAGAAGAGGAACAUCAGCGAAUGAUCGGUGGGCAUCUCAACACUAGUAGCCUCAGCAGUACCAGCAGCAAUGUUAACGAUGCCUCCCUCAUAGUUCGGGCUUCGCUGGCACUUCAUAAAGCUGAAGUGAAUGCACUGCGCCAGGCGUUCCAUCAGCUGGUCGAAGAGAACAAGAAACUGUACGCCGACAACAAGGAGGUCAACAAUCGGGCCGUGCUGCUUGCACAGGAAAUAGACGAGCGACACAAUUCACUAGAAAACUCUACCCGCACCAAAAUUCGGCAUCUGGAACAGCGUCACCACGAGACCAUCAAGGAAUUGUCCACGCAAUUAGCCUUCGAGCGAGAACAAUUGUCGCAUGCGAAUGCAAUGCUGGAAAAACGCAUCGCGCUGCUGGAGGGCGAGGAAGGCAAACUAAAAGCGGAGUUGUCUCGAGUGUCGGAUGAAAACGAGGAACUGCGACAGGAGCAGGAGAAUCUUACAAAGGAGAUCACCGAUCUGUUGGAAAAGAACAUCAAACUCAACCGGGACAUUGCCGAGCUUGAGGAGAACAAUCGCAACGAUUAUCCCGAGGACGAUGACUGUGGUUUCGCACGCAAGGACAGCGAGGAGGUGUUGGACUUGAUCGAUCGAAUUUCCUUGCUACAGGGCGAAAACACGGGACUACGCGAUAAAAACGAUGAGUUGAAUGUGGAGAUCGAAAUGUUGAACGCAGAGCUGAGCAAGAUCAAACUCAAGCGAAAUUCUACCUCGGAUGAGACAGACCGAGUGGUCGGUGGAGAUACAGCUGCUGGUCAAACGGCUAUUAAGAGGAGGGGUGAUUCUCCGAGCAAAACACGAUUGUCGGACGAGAGUCCCCGGUUGGGCAAGUUCCGUAAGUGCAGCAUUGACAACGACACCGAGGUUGAUCCGUGCUCCGGUGACUGGAUGGCACUUCAUUCCGAGCUAGGACAGAGCGGUAGGCCUUCAGAAGAAGUGUCUACAGUUCUUUCCGGUUGUCCCGAAACGAGUGCAUCGUCGGGAAUUUCGAGCAUCAAUGAUUCAUCGCUGACUCGGGAUGAAGAAAUAAAAGCCUUACGCUGUAGAGUUGAAGAACUCCAGCAGCAGUUGCGAAGUGGCAAAAAAGAGGCGGAUAGUGUUGAUCAAGCGUCAGCCGAUAAGCCCGGUGAAUCGGUCUCCGCAAAGGAGCAAGAAUGUGUAAAGCUAAAAGCACGCUGCGAAGAGCUCGAAGCCAGCCUGGAACAAAUGCGCAAGGAGUACGAGGACUGCGAGGACUACUGGCAAGCGAAGGUGAACGACGAGCGACUUUUGUACGAAGAGGAGCAACGCGUAAGCGACGAAAAGUUUACCGAGCUGCUAAAGAAGGUGUCUGAGUAUGAGGAGCAGUUUGCGGGCAAUGCCAAACCGGAGAAAGACGGUCGAUUGUCGCCAAUCGACGAGAAGGACGGUUUGGAGCAGCAGUACCUGGAGUUGGAGGCCGAUUUCGAACAAGCUCAGCUUGCUCUUGAAGAAAAAACGCACGAGGUAGAAAAGCUUCUAAGAAGAAUUCAGGAGCUGGAACAGAUGACCAAAUAUCCGUCGGAAAUGCUGCUGUCUCCAUCACCCCAUAUGGAAACGCCGGAAGUAGAGGAUCGACCUGCCAGUUCUCCUAUCAGUUAUUUGUGGAACCAGAGCACGAUUCAGCGCCCGGUUCGUGACUAUCAAAAUCCGAACUGGCGACCACCGCCAACAAAGGCAUCUGAAAUUAACACAGUUGAAGAGUGUGGCAAGUUCCCAAAGUCAUCGGCAGCAUCCGAGGCGGCAAGGGAUACCGAUGGUGGCGAAUCGGAUGUCAGCGUGUCCAGUGAAGGUGGAGAGGCAAACUUUGCGCGGAUCAUUUCACCUAUUCAGAAACCGAUCACCGCAAACAAUGGUGGUGGCGAAAGUGGUAUCGGCACUAGAGAUGAAUAUUCAGCGGAUGGUGAGAAACCAUCGGUAGGGAUGGUGGCGGGACUGGAACAACUCGAAGUGUCCGAUACAUGCUCGGUGAAAUCGGUGCGCAGUACGCACAGUCUUGCCUCAACGCACAGCAUCCAAAAUUCAGAGUGUGCGGGAAUGACGCUCCCGGUCAGUGCGGAACACAUGAAACACCUACGACUCGUGCAACAGCAGCUGCAAGGGGAAAUUACGGACCUUACGCACGAGCGAGACUGUUUGUUGAUGGAGCUUCAGCAGCUGAAGGAAGCGAAGCCGAUCAUAGCCCGGGCAUAUACGAAAACGGCAACGCAUCCCAACCAAAUGCAGAAGAUUCAAAAUCUUGAACAGAAGAAUCGUCAUCUGCAGUCAAUGAUAAAGCAGCAGCAACAGUACACCGAAUCUGUCCUGCACCAAAUCUGGCAACAACAGCGCGGAGAAAUAAACGAACUGCGCAAUCGGUUAGAAGCGCAGUGUAUCGUGAUAUCGGAUCAAGCAACGCGGCUGGCCAGCAACGAUAUACUAGUCAAGGACAUGUACGAGGAGAACUCGCGGCUAAUGCUGCAGGUGAAGAGACUUGAGCAUCAGUGUCUUCGCGCUACUUGGUUGAAUCAGAUGAACCAAGCACCGAGCAGCUCUCCCGCGCCCUCCACCAACCACCACUCGCAAGGAUUGAGCGGUAUUAUGCCCGGCCUACCGUAGCGUUGCUUCCCGCAAGGAACAAUGCUGGCCUCAGCGUGUAGCGCGCGUCAGUGAAGCAUGAAAGUGCACGUAUGUGUGCCGAUUGUCUGUAAGUAGUUUUGGUUUUUAACACGGCGGUACACACUGCCAAAGGAGGUGUUUUUUCCGUGUCACGUUGAACCACGCGCACGGGCAUACCGGGUUGGUUGUUUUGUGGCUCUUCUUUUACAUUCGUUAUUUGAGCGUCAGUCCCCCUUUUGUGGCCGAACUAGAGGCAGUCUCAUCACAUUUAUACGUCCGAUUCUAUAAAUAUGAUUGAAGCAUAUACAGAUCCGCUGAAGAUAUGCUCUGUCGUGUCUCUGCUAUCCAUUCAGAUUUUCUUCUAUUCAUGUAACUUUCCUUUUUCGUGAUUUAUUUCGUUUGUUAUUAUUUAAUUUUAAUGUCGUUAAAGUAAAAAUGUAAAAUGUGGCAGCAUUUUUCUCGUUUUAAUGUAUACAAAUUGUGUAGGAAAGUCAUCUGCCAUUUUCGUCGAGGUUUAUCCGUUUUAAUUAUGUUUAAGCGAAUGAAUUAAAUAUGCUCCUCAAAUAAUACGGUCAACAAAUAUGAUAGUUGUCAGGGUGUAUUAUUGAUUCUAUGGUAUUUUUUUUUGUAAGAAAUGCACAUGACUUACUUAUAGGCCGUAGAAUUAAUGAACUAUUUUGAGUGCACUUUCCAACACUCAUAUGGGUGUUUGCCUGAUGAUCGUUCUCAAGAGAGAAUCGUUGGCCCAAUAUUGUCAUAAUCAGGUAUUUAUCAAAAAACCGGUAAUUCUUAUUAAACAUCUGUGAUUUGUAGCAUGAUGAGCAAAAUCUGAUCUAGCAACGGGACAAACAGUGGACGACGUGCUAGACUCUUACACUAACAACUUUGGAGGCAACGGGUUUCUACAUAACCAUAAUUUUGGUUUGUGUUUAUAUGGCCUUAUGUUGGUUUUUAUCUUACACUUUGCCUGGAUAUCUAUCAUGUCAAACAGAUAAGAGUUUUUAUUUUAACUAAACAUAUAAAUGGCAAAAGUUCUACGUCAUACAUGAUCUGCUAUCGAUCUUAUAGCAGGGAAAUGGAAA